GUUAUUAAACCUUAUACAUUAAUCUUUAUUACUUACUUAAUCAAUGAUUGCAUCUCUUACCGAUCCAUUGUCGUAAUUGGAUUUGCAUUCAUUUAUUUCAAAUUAUUAAUAUGUAUAUAUAUAGUUACCAAGAUCUCUCUUGUUCAAUCUUAACUCUUUGUGGUAUUAUUAUUAAAAGUUUAUUGUAAGUAAUUAUAUAGUUAAUGUCUGAAUCAGUUGCUUUAUUAACCCAAGCUAGUGGUUAUGGAAUCUUAGUAGGAGUUGGAGCCCUCUUUGCUGGAGGGAUGAUUCUUACAACUAAAUUAUUAGAGAAGUAUUUACAUGAAAAUAGUCACUCUACUGAAACUUUCUCAGUAGCUAAUAGAAGUGUUGGAUUAUUUCUUUCAGCUUCUGCUGUUUACUCAUCUUGGUCAUGGGCAACAGAGUUACUUUGGGUAUCUACAAUGGUUUAUAAUUAUGGUAUUCAAGCAUCUUAUUAUUAUGGUGCUGGUUUAGCCAUUCAAAUUGCUGUUAUGGCAACCAUUGGUAUUCAUGCCAAAAAGAAGAUUCCAAAGGCUCAUACUUGUUUAGAAAUUGUUCAAUUAAGAUAUGGAGAUGUUCUUCAUGGUCUUUAUCUUUUCUUCUGUCUUGCUAAUAACCUUUUAUCAUGCUCGUCAAUGAUUUUAGGAGCUUCUGGUGCUAUUGGAAUUAUUGCUGGUAAUUUAAAUAUUGCUGCUAGUACUAUGCUUAUUCCUUUUGGAGUGCUUUUAUAUACCGUUGUUGGUGGUUUGAAAGCUACUUUCUUAACUGAUUUUGUUCAUACAUUAAUUCUUCUUCUUGUUCUUUGUUUCUUAAAUACUUCCGUAUUAACUUCUGAACAAAUUGGUGGUCUUGAUGGAUUAUAUGAUUUAUUAUUAGCUAAGGAUGCUACUGGUGAAAGAUAUGUUGAAGGUAAUUACAAUGGUUCUUUAUUAACUGGUAAAUCUCAAGGAGCUUUAUUCUUUGGUUUGAUUUUAACUGCCGGUAAUUUUGGUUUAACUGUUUUGGAUUCAUCAUUUUGGCAAAAGACUUUCUCUGCAAGUCCAAGAGCUACAGUUCCAGCAUAUCUUACUGCUUCAUUCCUUAUCUUUUCUAAUGUUUGGCCAUUAGGUUCAAUCAUUGGUGGUGCAUCUAUUGUCUUGGAUGGAACUCCAGGUUGGCCAACAUAUCCAAGAGCAUUAACUUCUUAUGAAAUUGAUUCUGGAUUUGUAUUACCUUAUGUUUUGAAACAAAUCUUAGGUAAUGGUGGUGUUGCAGCUAUUUUACUUGUUGUUUAUUUAGCAGUCACAUCCACAGUUAGUGCUCAAAUGAUUUCGGUUAGUUCUAUUCUUACAUUUGAUAUUUACAAGAAAUAUAUUAAUCCAAAAGCUGCCAAUAAACAAAUGAUUAGAGUAUCUCAUAUUGGGGUUAUUUUCUUUGGUAUUGCUGCUGCUGCUUUUUCAUUAAUGUUACAUUAUGUUGGUGUUAAUAUGACUUGGAUGGGAUACUUUUAUCCUUUAAUUAUUUGUCCUGCUGUUUUACCAUUACUUUUUACUAUUACUUGGGAUAGACAAACUGCUAUUGCUACUUUUGCAUCACCUAUUAUUGGACUUAUUGCUGGUCUUACUGUAUGGUUAACAACUGCCAAACAUUAUUAUGGAAACAUUUCAAUUACUUCAACUGGUGGACAAUUACCAUGUCUUUUUGGAUCUUUAACUGCAUUACUUCUUCCAGGAGUUCUUUCAAUAAUUAUUAGUUUAACUAUUAAACCACAUAAAUUUGAUUGGAAGAAAUUAAAAGAAGUUGAUUUAAUUGUUAAAGAAAACGAUAAAUCAAGUACAAGUUCUGCUGCAGAGUCUAUUGCUGAAGAAGAAGAAGAAGAAGAACAAACAAUUAUAAAGGAAAAGCAAGAGUAUAAUGUCACUGUUGAAACUGGUUCUCAACAAGAUAGUGAUAGUAAAGAAUUUGAUGAUCCAAUUGUUUCUGAACCAGCAAAGGGUUCUGAAGAAUUAACUGAAAAGGAAUUAGAUUUCUGGAUUAAAGUUGCUACUGGUGCUGCUAUAUUUGUAUUACUUAUUACUUGGGUAAUAUGGCCUUUACCAUUAUAUAGAGAUUGGAUCUUUUCAAGAGCUUAUUUCAAAGGGUAUGUUGUUGUUUCACUUAUCUGGCUUUAUUCUACGUUAUUAAUCGUUGGAAUAGCUCCUAUUAUUGCAGGUAGAAGUUCUAUAGCUAAAGUAUUUAAAGGAGUUUACCAUGACUAUAUAAAGAGAGAUGGAGCAAAGGGUAAGAUUUAAUGCUCUAGAUAUUUGGCUUGUACAUUAUUCAGUUCAUGAUGAUUUUAUUUCUAAUACUCUAAUUGGUUCCAUUUAUAUAUUCUAGAUUGUAUCAGAGACUUAUUUAUUUAUAUAUCUAUAUAAUUACACAUUUAUAUAUUAUCAUAUAUUCAU